AUGCCCUACGCGCGCGAUACCCGCCUCCUCAACCUCGAUGUCCUUCUAGGUGGUGUCAAACCCACAUAUCUAAUCGCGCAUGGUUCACCUGUGUCAACAUCGCCGUACUCGAAAAAAAUGAACGGGACAGACUACGACGCUUCGCACGACUACGAGUACUGCGUUCGACAUGGGGUAUGGGAGAUGGAUCCAUUGGUGGUGUUUACUGCGGCGCUGGUCCAUAAUAUUGGGGAUGGAGAGUACCCCAAAUCAGUAGCAGUCGAUCGAGAUCUAUUGACGCCUGAAGAACAACGUGAGCUCCACCGCAAGAUUGUACAUUCCUUUCUCACCAAUCUGGAGUGUCCUCCACACAUUGCCGACGCAGCUGCGGAAAUCGCUUCGAGCGUGUCAUUUUCGCUCGAGCGCAAGGAUCCUUCACACAUACAGGGAGUUCUUUGUCGUCUUCCCGCACUGAGAAUCGUCCAGGAUGCGGAUCGCUUGGAUGCGUUGGGAGAAAUGGGGAUCGCCCGGGCAGCACUCUAUGGAGGUGUUGACUCGAAGUGGAGGAAGAAUACUACCAUGACACUGGCUGAGCGUAUGAACAAGAGGUUCGUUCAUUAUCCGGGCUUGAUGAAGACUGAGACAGGGAGGGUGAAGGCUGAGAGGGCCUGGGAGUACAUGGUCCAGUUCAAGAAGGGGAUGGAGGAACAGGCGGAUUGUGAGGCAAUUCUACAGGAUGGAUGA